UGUUGUCUUUUCAAUUCAUUUAUCUGCAGGAAUGAUUGCGACUAUCAGUCUGGAGCUCACCGCCUGACUGAGGAGGUGAAAAGUUGCGCCGCGGGAAAGGCGAACCGCAAAAAACAGCACGACACGAGAAAACCGCACAUGAUUUGCGUCGCGCAUCGGAUCGGAGUUUUUUAGGGGGGAUUCCUCUGAGCUGAAAGAGAGAAAGAGAAGAGAACAGAGAGAGAGAAAAAAAACAAAAACAACAACAAAAAAGUAAAUAGAGGAAGAAGGGGGAUUGGAGUUGUCUCUCUCUUUUCUUUUUUUGGUCGUAGCCCGCUUUAAGCCCGAGUAAAAAACACACCCUAAGCCAGAGACAGACUCGUCGAGAGGGGAGUGUGUGCGCGCGUGUGUGUGUGCGCGCGCGAGUGUGUGAUUCCGCUCGCUCCCUCGCUCUUUCGGUCGCCGCAGACGCUGAAGAUGCUGCUGGACGCCGGAGCGCAGUACCCGGCCAUUGGAGUGACUACUUUCGGCUCCUCCAGACAUCACUCAACAGGCGAGGUGACGGACAGGGACGUGGCUUUGGGGAUAAAUCCGUUCGCCGACGGCAUGGGCGCCUUCAAGCUGAACCCCAGCUCGCAUGACCUCGGCUCGAGCCAGGCGACGGCGUUCUCGUCUCAGGCGCCCGGAUACGCGGCCGCCGCAGCCGCCUUGGGCCACCCGCACCACUCGCAUCACCCGCACCACCCGCAUCACCACCACGCGGGCCACGUGGGCUCCUACUCCACGUUCAACUCCACGCGGGACUUCCUAUUCCGCAACCGCGGCUUCGGCGAGGCGGCGGGCGCGCAGCACGGCCUCUUCGCGUCGGCCGCCGCGGCCGCCGCCGCCGCCGGGAGCUUCGCGGCGCCGCACGCGCCCUCGGAUGCGGCGGGCCACCUGCUCUUCCCCGGGCUGCACGAGCAGGCUGCGCCUAACGUGGUCAACGGGCAGAUGCGCCUGGGCUUCUCGGGAGACGUGUACGGCCGCGCAGCCGCCGAGCAGUACGGCCACGUGGCUGCGAGCCCACGGCCCGAGCACUAUGCGCCCGCGCCUCUCCACGGCUACGGAGCCGUGAACGUGGCUGCCGCCCACCACGGCGCCGGCGCCUUCUUCCGUUACAUGCGGCAGCCCAUCAAGCAGGAGCUCAUCUGCAAGUGGGUCGAGCCCGAGCAACUCAGCAGCCCCAAGAAGUCGUGCAACAAGACGUUCAGCACCAUGCACGAGCUCGUCACGCACCUCACCGUGGAGCACGUCGGCGGACCCGAGCAGAGCAACCACAUCUGCUUCUGGGAGGAGUGCUCGCGGGAGGGCAAGCCCUUCAAGGCCAAAUACAAACUCGUCAACCACAUCCGCGUGCACACGGGAGAGAAACCUUUCCCGUGUCCGUUCCCCGGCUGUGGCAAAGUGUUCGCGCGAUCAGAAAACCUGAAAAUACACAAGAGGACACACACAGGUGAAAAACCUUUUAAGUGCGAGUUUGACGGCUGUGACAGGCGGUUUGCUAACAGCAGCGACCGAAAGAAACACAUGCACGUCCACACGUCAGAUAAGCCCUAUCUGUGCAAAAUGUGCGACAAAUCCUACACACAUCCCAGCUCCCUCCGGAAACACAUGAAGGUCCACGAGUCGUCGUCCCAAGGCUCCCAGCCGUCUCCAGCAGCCAGCUCAGGCUACGAGUCCUCCACGCCCCCCACCAUCGUCUCUCCGUCCACAGAGAACCAGAGCAGCAGCUCCAUAUCGCCGGCAGCCUCGUCCACGGUGCACCACACGACCACUCACAGCACCCUGUCGUCAAAUUUUAACGAAUGGUACGUGUAAAUAUUUUCAAAAAAAGAAAAAAAAAGAAAAGAAAGGAAAAUGAAAGACUGCAGAAUUAAGACUGCUUGGAAAAUCAAAGACUCGAUCGCAAGGACCUAAAAGAGAGAGAGAGAGUGAGUGUGAGUCUGAGAGAUACAGGAGAGAGAAUGAAGAACCUCAAAUGUGUUUUUUUGGUGAAUGGCUGUAUAGCAAAAAGUGAUCAGUGCAUGGACGUGGUGCAAGGCGACAACCAGCUUAACAGUCUUUCCCUCAAUAUGCAUAUAAAUAUAUAUAUGAUUUUAUUUUUUAUUUUGUUUGUUUGUUUUUUUUUACGUUUUUAUUUUUUUAUUAUCACCCCUCCCUUUUUUGAGAGAAAGACUGCACACACCGGAGAUCAGUUGCAUGCCACCAGCAGGUCAAAUCCUGUUUUUGUUUUUUGUACAUAAAGAUUUACCUAGUUUCAAAUGUAAUAUUUUAUUUUGUAAAUAGUCAUAAUACAGUUUUAAGGGAAUUUUUUGUGAAAAAAAAAAUGUGGUCCCUAGAUAUAUGGAAAAAUGAGAUGGCUUUACGAAUAUUGCGAUGAUUAGUCUUGACUGCAAAGAAUGUUAUAGUUAAUGUGUACCAAAUGUGAAUUUACUCAGUAUUAUACCGUCUACACGUUUACCUAACCGAUUAUUAGUAUUAAUGUGCUUUUGUAUCCAGUGCAACAUUUCGUCUCAAGUCCAGUCUGAGUAGCACAGUUGUUGUUAUUUAAUGUCAUGUCGAUAAAUUGUGUAGUGAAAGCCUGAAACUCCGUGUCAAUCUUGUUUAUGUAAGUGAUGAAAUAUAAAGCUAUCUGUCUAUUGCAAUGCCAGUCGCAGGAAAUUAUGACUUGUAUAUAGUUCAGUUUUCCAUAUUUAUCCGCAUGUAAAGGACCGGUAACUCAUGUUAGAGGUAGGCCUAAUCGGUAUUUAUGGAGAAAUGCGUUGGUAGGGUUAUGUAAAAUUUAGUUUUCCAAAUAAUGUUUGGUUACAUUUCGUACAAUAUUAAAGAAUUAAACGUACAACAACAACAACAA